AACCCCGUAUCGUCUUCUGCCUCGAGCGCCUGCCUCCGGUGUCCUCCGGUCCGGGAAUCCCCCGUGUCCUCCGUUGUGAUCCACGGGCUCCACACAGUCGAUCCUGUCUUUUAUUAUUGGUCAAAUAAAAUCAGUUGUACCAGAUUCUGUCUCCUGUGGUCUUGCUAUUGGGUCCUGAUGUUGAACUCCCUCCCGUGACAAGAACACUUAAAAAGAAAAAGUUAAAAUGCUGUUUCUCAAGUUACUUUGUUUCUCCUGUUCUAGUGUCAAAAUACAACAAAUGUAUGUGCUGCUUCUUCUUCUCUCUCCUUCUUCCUCUUCUCUCCUCCUUCUUCUUCUCUUAUCCUACCAUCAGAUACCUGAAGCCCGACAUACAGAAGAAAUCCAAGCACAAAACAGCGGUGAUGAAAAAGACCCUCAACCCUGAAUUCAACGAGGAGUUCUUCUAUGAGAUCUCUCUGCAGGAGCUCGCCAACAAGACUCUGGAGGUCACGGUGUGGGACUACGACCUGGGACGCUCCAACGACUUCAUAGGUGAGACGCUGACGGGUCACGAGCUUCACUUU